GAGGUCAUCGAUAAAUUUUCAGGCAAAGAUGGCUUCCCUCACAGGGAAGCACCAGUGGUAUGUCGGGGAAGAUGGCUGUAUUUCCAUCGGAGAGCCAGCAAGUAACGUGACAUACCACUCAGCCUUGAAUUCAAUUAUUGUAACAACUGAUGAACCAGCUGUAAAAAUUUACGAUGUUACGUCAGGAUCAGUGUUGCAAAAAUCUGACCUUUCUGCAAGGAAAGGGGAUAGAGUUAAAAGCAUGUAUCUGCCAGAGAAGAACAGAAUGGUGUUCAGUAACGAUGCAGCGAUUGGUGUACGCAGGGAUUUGCAAGGUGUACUGUUACUGGAUACUGCACUACAGACCCCUGUGGCUGCACAGGAUGAUAAAGUUAGACUGGAACUUCCCUUAGCAGAGGCGAGCCAGUUGUUGAAAUCUAUGACGAGUGCAGAGUUGCAGUGUACUGAUGCUGUAAAUGUUGUAGUUAAAGAAUUACAACAGAAAAUCGAGGCUGUACAAGAAGCCACCAAGGGCAACCAUAAAACUGCAAAGUGGGCUACAGUGUGUCUGAAAGUCCCAUACAGCUCCCUGAAGACAGCUAGUAGUUCACUGGUAACCGAAAUGAAGCGUAUGAAUAUUCAUAGACCAGGUCUUUCAAUUGCUUCGGCAGUCACUGAUCGCCUUGGAUACCUGUUGCCUAGCAACAUCUCAGAUCUGAAUAAUGGUACCAUAGAGAGGUCAUUGAUGUAUAGUGAGGCAGCUAGAAGAGAUACAUUCACAAAAUGGCCACAUAUGAACUACAAAUGGGCAUUGCCAGAACCUAUGGCACAAGCAGGAUUUUAUCACCAGCCUAACAUCUCUGGCGAUGACCGAGCUCUGUGUUUCACCUGCAAUGUAUGUCUUGUCUGCUGGGAGCCCACAGAUGAACCCUGGUCAGAACAUGAAAGACAUUCCCCAUCUUGCCCAUUUGUGAAGGGUGAGCAGACUCAGAAUGUCCCAUUAUCAGUGACAUAUGCCACCCAGCCAGCGCUACCACACAGUUCUACCGGGGAGAAAAUAGCGUGUGUGAGCACCACUGCCAGUGAAGAUUAUAUAGCAACAUCAACAAAACAUGGAAAUGUAGUUGUGUGGAAUCUUAAACAGAAAAUGAAGAAACACAGCCAAUUUGUGAUAGAUCCUUCAGAGACCCCUGUAGCUCUGAAGACUGGUUUACAGGUUGAUAGACAAAGAAAACAAAGUAGCCAGUCUGGUACACAGGAUGUUCACAUGGAGGACAGUCUAGAAAUUGCUUCAUCCAAAGGAGCUGAAGGGUCUAAAGAUGAUGAGGUGGAUGCUCAGAAGACAACAGCAAAUGUACAAUUUUGUCUGGAAGAAGGAGAAUCAAAAGAAGAGCUGAUGGAAAUUCCUCUUCAUGAUUCAGUACCACCAUCAGAUGAUACCAAAGCUUUCCUUAGGCCAAAUGAAGACAUCCAGGUUACAUCUCUUUGUGUUGUUGAAAAGCCAGAAACCGAAAGUGGUGAGAGCCAGGUGACAAAAGCAGUGUCAAAGAAAGACCAGAAAACUAAAGUCAAGAAAAGACUCCUUCAGCCAAGUGUUAUAUGUGGGGUGUCACUGAGACGCCCGAAAAAUCAAUCCAACUGUGAUGAUGUACAGACAGAUGUACAGUUAAUGAAUAAAGUGAACGAGAGUGUAAGUGGAGAAACUUCUCCACAGAUAAUUACUGAUGCAGACUGUGAUAACGUUGCUCACCAGACUGUGCCAACAGAUGAGGACAUUCUAAAUUCCGCUACAAACUUCAUUCCGUACCUGCUUGUUCUAGCAGUGAGAGAAGAUAUAAAGCGGAUUUCUAAACAGCCUAGCACAGAUUCUCUAAAGCCUUCUACAAGCUCUGGGAAUAUGGUUCCAACUUUAGGCAGCAUGUCAAUGAAUCAGCCAGAUUGGAGUUUGCUAGAUAUGUAUGACUCUGACCAGGAUUGUCAGAUUGUUAAAGUGACACCUGGUCCGACUUCUCUUUCAACUAGCAGCCCGACAGAGAGUAGUAAACAAGACGCUAUGGCAGAAAGUAGUGGAAGUGGGAAAGUAUCAAUACCAGAAAGUGCAAUAAAGCGUCUUUCAAAUCAGAAAACUGGGAGUGUAUUACAGUGUGUUGAAUUACCUAGUGAUCUUCAGUCAGAACAUUUGGAAGUGAAAUCUAUAUGUCCCACACUUGAUAAACAACAUUUAGUUGUAGUAGUUUCCCCUAGAUCUACGUGUUCAUCCCAGUCUUCAUUGACUAGUGUAAAGUUUCAAGAAUGUUCUGAAUCUGUUAGUGAUUCAAGCAGUCCGUGUCUUCAAGUUAUAACUUCAACUAGUGAGUCACAGAGUGAUUAUUCUAAAGAGUCAUCAGGAUUUUCAGAAACUAGUGAAACUAGUGGCUCUGUUGACAAUAUAAAUACAAAUACUUCAGCUGAAGAGGCAGAUGUAAUAUCUAAUUGUGGUUGUAUUCUUAUAUACAAGUUCAGUUACGAUGUUGAAACUUUAUAUGCCACUAUAGAAGAGAAGCCGGUUGUUAUUCGACACACUGAAUUGUCAGAGGGCGGAAUUUCGCGUGUUUUUGUGUUACCAGGAGAGAUAUGUGAGCAAGUGGAAGAGGAAGACAUUGUUCAGUGUGAUGAUGAAAUAUUUGUCUCUGCUCCAUCAACAGAGUCCGCUCAAGGAGGUAAAACGUCGGGACUCUUUGGACAGUUGGCUGUGAUAUUUUCUUCCGGAAAAAUGAAUAUUCUCAGCACCUGUGAUCUUACUCUUCUUGCCUCUAUACAACCUCCAGCUGGAGAUAAGUUCAUAGAUGUCACUUUCUGUUCUGGAAUUGAUAGGCUGUGCCUUUGCUCUAGUCAAGGAAAGCUGUUUUUCUACCAGUUAAGUGAGGAUGUUCCUGACCAGUCUGACAGUGUGAUAGAAGGGGAGCUCACUCCGGUAGCAGAGUUCCCAGAUUCUGUGUUUACAGGGGAUGCAGUCCGACCUGAAGAGGGUCCAGAGCAGUCACCAAGAGCUUCAAGUUCAGAUCUCCUAGCCAAACAACCCCUGACAUUUGAAUCACUUAGUCAUGUGCAUAACCUGAUUCAGUUUGAGAAUUUAAUGCCGAGAUUUACUGCAACAGUACCGCCGUGUUGGACUGAAAUUCAGCAGGAACAGCAACAGAGGCGCCAUCCUCAGCACCUCCAACAUCAAGGGGAGGCAACUCAACAUACAAGAACAUGGAAGCUUCAACCAGACAGUAAUACAUGGGAUGAACAUCUGUUGGAGAUAGUAUUGCCAAGAGUAUGUUGUGUUGGACAUGUAGAUGUUAAAUUUUCCAUCAGUUCAUUGUGUCCGCUAACACCAACUAUACAAAUGACAUUGCUAAAACAGAACAUAAAUGCAAUUGGCCGCCAGCCUAGAACAGGCCCGGAGGCCUCAUCCACUCCUGUAGACAGUAAAAUAAACUUUAACAUAAAUCAGACAUACAAUUCAGAUGAGUCCGAUUCCUCCACGUCGUCUGGUACGACUCCUGUGAUAAACAAUGUGCGAGACCCUCAGUUUCUUGAGAGUCACAAUGCAGAGAUAUUGUGCGGACCAGUCAGUAUAUCUGAUUGCCUUGAUCUGUCUGGAAACAGUGGUCUCGUCUCAUUAACAAGUCCUCAACUUCUCAUCUCCAAACCUCGGUCUUUCCUCCUCCACAUCAAGGGCUUUCCAAGUAAACUCAUUGAACAACAGGCUGAAAAAUCCAAGGAGAUGAAGAAGAAACGAACAGCGGCACAGGCCUCGGACAAGAAUCGAACAAAGACAAUUAAGGCAUUGUUUGAAAACUACUCGUCAACUGCUGGUGGGAAAACCAAAGUAGAUAGUUUCAAAGGCUGUGACUGGCUAACAGAACUUUCCAUUACAAUCAGAAAAACUAAAAAAACAAAUAUUCCUAGAGAAAGAGUACAAAGAAAUGCAGUUAUAGAUCUGAUCAGCUACCAUGAGAAACUGCUGUCGACAGUGGCAUUCAGUGAAGGACACCUGUUAACAGGCAUUAGUCCGGACCAUGUACAGAACAUGUGCCUCGAUGUACUUACAUGGAUCACCAACAUACAGAUGAAUGACCCAGAGAGGAGGAGUUCAGGAAGAUGUAUUUUAUCAACAAUUCAGCCAAAGUUAAAGGAGAUUAUACAGGCAUGUUUUAUUCAGGGAACGAGAACAACAUCACAUAAAUGUUCACGACUUCUCUCACAAUGUAUGCAAUAUAGCAAACGGGCAUCAGAUCCUGAUUUAGCACCUGCAUUCAAUCUAGCUCUUUUAGAGGCUUUGCUGGAUUGUCUCCCUUUGUUACCAUGUGCCUAUUCAGCAGGAGGGGUCAAGUGGUAUUUUACGUUGCUUAACCGUGUUAAGUGUAUGGAUGUGAUGAGCACGUCAUCCAGUGCUGCCCAGCUAUUGAGUGCUGUCUCCAAACAUUUCCAUGAACGAGCUUCACCUUUACAUGCUUUAUUGAAAGCCAGGUAUGGUUUGAAUGGUCACCCAUUUGAACCAGAUCUAUUUGAUAUGGAGAUACCACAAGCUGUAAAACAAAUUAUUCCUGGGAACCAGCCUGUAUCUUCCUUUACAAGCUCAGUGACAUCAACCAAUGCUUCAACAAGUUCUUCAACUACUGGAGCUGGGUCCCAGCAACAAGAUGAUCUAGAUUUUUACGACUUUUUUAAUGGUCCAUCUGAAAAGUCAACAAAGUCACUGAUGGAGCAUGCAAGAAAUCAUGUACUGGGAAUGUUAGAGGUUGAACCGUUACACUUUUCUUGUCAUUCAACCAGUGAUGGUACAAAAAUGGAGCGGCUUGACAGCACAGCCACCAGUGGAACAACAUCUGUGAUAAAUGCAGGACUAGGAACAACAAGUCUAGGAGGAAAUAUGUCGGGAACAAUUAAUUUUGGUGAAUCUGUGCCCCAGACAACAUACACUUUGGCACAUUCAAGUUUACCAUAUAACCUGCCCUCAACAAUUACAGUAGCAGCUAAACAACUUCAUGAACAAAACUCCAAGAACUAUCAGUCAGUGAAACACAAGAUUAUGCAUAUUAAACAGAUGUUACAUGAAGUGAACAAAAAUACUCCGCCCUCUCUACAGAAGACUCCAAGUGGUAGCUCGGAACUAAUGCCGUCAACACCUAAAACAACUCCGCAGGUGAUGACACCCCCACUAACUCCACCAAAUGAAGCUUGGCAACAAAUAUUCUUACAAGGUGAUAAAUGCGAUACACCUAAGUCUUCGGGCCAGGUGCGACCCGCGCUUUCUGUCCAGCCAACACAUGCCUUGCUGCAGCCACCACCACCACAGGUUCUUGUCAUAGAAAGAAUAUAUUCAGGUGCAAGAAGAUUUGUGAUAUUAGACUUUGGGAAACCAGUGCUAUUGACAGACGUGAUAAUUCCAUUGUGUGGGGAUCUCGCCUCAUUGUCUAUUGAUGUUUGGGUACAAGGGGAGGAAGUGGAUGGACAGAGACUAGUGGUUGCUUCAGAUAUUGGAGUUCGCUCCCUUGUAAUGAACAACAUCAUGCCACCACCUGUCUGUAGAUAUCUCAAGAUAACAACAAUAGGAAGAUAUGGUAGUGGUACUACAAGAUCUAAGAUUCCAAUUGGUGCAUUUUAUGGUCACAGCUACAUCUUGCCAUGGGAAUGGAGUCACAAGUCUGAUCACCACGGUGCUGCUGGAUCUGGACCCUGCCAACUGGAUCUACCCACACAGUCACAGCUGCUGUCACAUCUAGGAAGUUUUAUGUCUCUACUGGAGGAUAUUCAGUGUCGAUAUAGUUUAGCAAGGGCCAGACUGAGUACGAUGGUUCAGCAGGUAGAGUCAUUACAAUAUGCCAACUUUCAUACACAAUAUUACCUGAAGAAGUCCAAAAACAAUGAUGAGGAGAAUGGUAUAAUUCAGGCAUACAAUGAGUGUUUACAGCUACAGCUACAACAGAACCUUGCUAUGAGAGCUAUAGACAGGUUACAGAGUGCUAUAGGGCUGAGAGUUCCUAUUACACAAUACCCUUCUAACCAGACAACUGUCUUAAGGCAGGCUUCUACAGAUAAGUUGAGAUGUAUUCUAGAGAAUCUGCUAGAGACACUGAUCAGUGUAACCAACACCUCAGCCAGUAUUCUCAAGCCACCUGUGUCUCUGUAUACAAGUUUGAAUCACCAAAUAUGCCAGGAUGUGUUCAAACACCUUUGCUUCCACGGCACCCCAAGACUUCAGAUACUGACUGGCAUGGUGCUUGUCAGGGUGUGCGGGAGUCAGGCCUGGUUUGGAGAAUUCCUUGGAAACAUGCUACAGGAAUAUUUCCAUUCUGAAACUAUGCAGGUUUUUUCUCAAGACAGGGUGUUCAUUUUACUGACCGCAAUGGGUCAGAGGUCGUUACAAGGUCCUUGUUCUGUAAGCAUAAUGGAAAGUUUGCUGUCAAUGCUGGCUAGAGUUCUCUCCCCAAUUCAUAAUAAUACAUCUGGAGUAAUGUCCCCUACAGGGCAACUGGAUCUUACAUUGAUUGGCUGGAUUUUAUUGUUCAUGUGUCGUAACCUUGAUAACACCAUAGCAACAAAUGGUAAUGGGGAGGAAGAAGGAGCAACAGCCAAAAAAGUUAACGGUUCAAACUUGUCAAACAGAUGGAAUUUUAUAGCUGCCAAUGGCAAUGUGAAAUCACAGAUGAACAAGAGCCAGUCCGUGAAGAUGUAUCGUAAAUCCCUUCACAAGCGUCUCCUGCAUCAUAAACAGAAAUUGCUAGAUAUAGAUCACAUGAAGAAAAAUUUUAUGGCCCAGGAACAGUCUAGCAGUAAUACUUUGUUAAAACAUCAAGGAAAACAGUUUUGGAAGGAGUUAACUCAGUUUGCCUCUAAGCAUUUGAAGGACAUUAUCCAGAUUCGCAAGACCGAUGCUGAAGUGUUACGCAAGCUGCCAAGAGAUGAGCGCCUGGCUGAAGAAAAAGAAUCGCUGGACUACGAGCAAGACUCGGUGCUCAUUCUUCCAAAAGAGAAAUGUCUGCCAGUGGUUCAUGGUUUGAUGGCUCUGUUGUUGGGGAUGGACUUUACUUGUAAUGUAGAUCUCUUCCUCAUCACAUGUAAGGUGAUGGCUAGAGUGUGUAUAUCAACACGUCCUGCUAUUACAUUGACCGAGGCAAUGAGUCAAGAACAGCUUGAGAGAUUGAUCAUGCUGGCAGCUAGUCUGGAGUUUAACCAUGGUAACAUCAGCUGGGGUGGACCCUGGGCAGGCCACUCCCUUACAUGUCUGCUUCAAGACAUACUAGAAGGUGAACGUGUAUUCCCCAGUAACCAGUUUGAAGGUAUAACAGAUGAUGAGAUAUCGAGCCAGGUGACAGAUGAUUCUCUACAAGGUAGUGUAAACAUCAAUACACUGGAUCUAACAGCAGAGACACAGGAUAGUUCAGGGAACGAAAGUUUGUCAUUGUCAACUAUAGGAGGAGCAAGCAAUUCUGAUCUACAAGACACUUCCAUUACCGAGCAAGAUACAUCCGUCAACCAGAGUAAAGAUGAAGGGACGAGCUUUGAGAAGGAGUCAUCAAUGAUGGUAGAUAUGUUGCUAGAUGAUGAUGAAGAUGAUGAUAUGCCAGAAAAACUUCACGCUUAUGUCACUGGUGAAAACAUCCAGCCACCUAGUACUACUGUCAGCAAUGCCAUGCCGGUGUCUGAGUUAGAUGAUAAAUACAAGCCAGGUAAGGAAGGAUUGGCAGUUAAGGCCAUUAAAGCAGUGUUUGGUUCUACUGGCUACCCUAAACCACCCAUAGUAGACACCAAACAGACCCAGAACAACACCAACACCAGUACUGCUGCACCGGGACAGGGUCUGUCCACGGCACUUGAUUCCAGAUUAGAGCUCGGGCUGGAGACUCAGAGUGAGCUCAGACUGCGCAUGAUGCUGUCACUACAAUCAGACACAUUACAGAAUGCUUUCACUUCACCUCUGCCCCUCCCUCCUCUAGAGGCCCGUAGUGGUUCCCAGUCUCGAUCGUCACCUGCUGAUAUAGAUAUGAUGGAGACCAGUUCAGGCAUGCCUCAGACUACAUCAUUUGAGAUGUUGAGCAGUGCGUAUGAUGAUUUAUUUAGCCAACUGUUACUGCAGCGAGUCAACAUGGACUCGUUACUUCAGCUAUGGCUUACACUCAAUGAGGAGUCACCUUAUGAUGCCAGCGACACAACUCAGUCACAGUUUGAGGCGAGUCGCUCACCAGUGAUCCCGCUUAGUGUAACCUCCGUCACCAAUCUCCUAGCUUGUGUUGCUAUGCAACCCUCAUUGCCAGUUCGAACAUGGGUGCUGGUUUUUCAGAGCUUGACAAUGCUGGCAAACCUAAGAAUUGGAUCGGAUGAGCAGAGGUCAAUGGUGGUGGCUAUGAUGGGGGACAGUAACCUAGUGGCAAUUAUUACCAAGUUCCUGUCCGGCACCUCCAUGAGUGCUCCAGCAUCUUCAUUUGAUUCUAACUCUCAGGUUGGACCCUCAGCAGUAAAGGCAUUCCAUCUGUUUCUACAGCGACUUAGAGUGUGUAUAUGUGGGGAAGAUGAUAAACAUAACUUGAAGGAGAUAAUGUUAAAACUGGUAUACACAUUGACUGCUGAAAGGGGUGCUUUCCAUGCAAAUCUUGGACCAUUGGAUGCGCAGUGCAAGUUUCUAGAGUUUAUUCUUGAGUUGACAUAUGAACAAGUAGAUAUAAACAAUGCAAUAAGUGUAAUAGAAUCAGUCAGCAUUCUGGUACACAGACAUAUAUUGUGUCAGGAGAGAGUGUAUUGUCGUAGCACAUCAGACAAUGGUGUAAAUGCCAGGUCUUGCUUUGGAGGUCUGUUUGCAAGUUUACUGAGAGGUAGUGAUGGUUCAUCCAGGAAUGGAGACUCUAGCCGAGAUUCUUUGAUGUGCAGUUUGUUAAAACUUGUUAAUAAAUUACUUCAAGUGAAUUUUCCAGCACGAUUUGGGCGGAGAGUGUCACUUAGUGCUGAUAACCUUGGUGAAGGCCAUUCACCAGGUUUAUCCGAACCAGUUACCGACUCCACCAAGUUGUCACAGGCUCUGGCAAGUGCUUCAGCACCACAUGCUACAAGUUUAGUUGGACAAUCAGAUGAGGAGAAGGUUGGUCAGGCAACAGAACGUACUGAAACUGCACAGACAGACGAACAAAAAACUGAAAGUGCUCAACAAGAUCGAGCCAGUUCGGAACCACAGGGCAUUAACUUGGCAGACAUUAUUCUUGAUCGAAGAGCUAUAAUGUGUAAUUUUAUACAAGCUUUGAGCUACUGUAACAGUAGCACGAUGGCAAUGUUACUGGGCAGUAGUGGAAUGCCAAGCAAUAUGCAGGACUCCUUUACGGGGGGAGAUCCCCUGUCUGUAGGGGAUGGUAUAUACCAGAUACUAGUUACGUUGUCUCGGCAGUGUAGUGAUAGUAGACAUCUGAUGGAAGCAUUGUUCCUAUACCUGUCUGGGGGAUUUAUGUCACAUGGUGCUCCCUCAUUGUGCCGACUGUCAGAGCCUCUACUCUGGUUCAUACUCAAGGUGCUGGAUUCCCAAAAAAUGUUGAAACUCUUCCUCGAUAAAGGUGGUGUGGAAGUUGUAUGUCGUAAUUUUGUGAACUGUAACAGUCGUAUAAUCAGCACAAGUCCAAGCCUGAUAUCAACCAUCAUGCAGAACAUGAAUGGACAGGGCAGCACUGACAAGAAAAAGAAGUGGGAGUCUGAGAACCCUGAGGGAAUUCAAAACUUUGCUCCUCUAGGGACCAUAGUGUCAUGUAGUCCUACAGCAUCUCCAGCAGAGGUUCUUAUUGUGUCUACACCACAGCACAGGAGGGCACGAUCUGCACCAUGGUCGUAUCAUUUCUAUCCUGACGAGGCUUGGGUUGAUCUCAAGAUCACGCUGCCAUUUGCUAUACUCUUGAAAGAAGUGCAGAUUCAACCUCACAGUCCAGCUCUUUCAACCUGUCCAGCCUAUGUAUCUCUAGAGGCCAGCCAAGAUGGUGUGACUACAUUCCCACUUUGUGCACCAAUGAACACCAGCAGUCUUGUUUUCAUUAAGUUACAGCUACAGAGAUCAGAGGUGGUUACCUCAGUAACAAUAAGGUUACAUCGGGCACGUGACUCCAUGACAAUAGGGCUGUCACAGAUACUUCUGAUGGGAUACAGUGCAUUUGGAGAAGUGGGUUACAAAACAAACAAUCUGUUCUUACCAACAGAAGAUUUCGUCUCGAGAUCUAGUGUUGGUUGGAUAAGGUUAUUGCACCACUGCCUGGUGUCUCAGAAGGAGAUGGAAACGAUGGUUGCGGAAGCAGCGGCCCCUACAAGAGGUUUACUAAAUACAUGUACAGCUCUACUUGUGUCUCCUAUCUCCACAGUAUACUCACCUACCAUAGAGGCUGUUCUCCAGAAACUUGGACUCCAUUCAGGAGAGCUGGGUCUAGCUUUGAUAGAUAAUAUACUGAGGAGUAAUACGUCAGUUUCUGACAAUGAAUUAGCCUCACAGUACCUGGGUAAAAUGGGAGGUAUUGCUAAUGAAUCCACUGUAGAGAUCCUAUACCAGCUAGGAACUGUACAAGACAGAUGGACAGCUGACAGGUUAAAAGCCAUGUUGCAGUGGUUAGGAGACAGUGCUCGUGUAGCAUUACAAAGGAAAGCUGUGUUCUCCGACGAAGGGUUUAGACAUAUUCCCUGCGAGGUGACCAACAUGACCCUGCCCGGCCCCGCCCCUUCUCAUGUUCACUGUAUAGCAGCUGUGCUGUGGCACAGUAAUGAAAUGAGAGUGGACUACAACCUUAGUCAUCUUGUCACCAAAGAUCUAGUCAGUUCCUUAUAUGAGUGGUCAUCUGUGUUGAGCACAGAGUCACAUCUGAAAAAGGCUGUGGAUUAUGUUCUGUGUGCAAUAUGUCACAUCUGUCCGGACUCGUUCACACGUAUCAUGGAAUGGAUGGGAAUUGUGAUAACCCCGGAAUAUGGAUUAACUGCUUCCAUACCAGAUGAUAGGAAAGACACUACACUUUACCAUGAUUUAAUGACUGAUGACUCGAAGGAAGCAAAUAGUGCAUUAGGACAGUCCAUUGAAAAUACAGAACCUCCAGCGCCUGUAAUUCUCCAGGAGUUCAAGCAUAUGUGUUUAGAUGAAAAUCAUUUGUUCACUCUAGCAUUAGCUUGUCAGUCUUCACUGGCGACCAAGCAGUUGUUGGAGUCGGGUUUCCCGGCAGUAUUGGCUCAGGGAUUGUUUGAGUUCUGUAAUCGUGUGAUAUCUAACUUUGCGGACUCGUGGUCACAACCUGAAGGUAUAUCAGACUCUUGCAAGAGUAUGACUGGAACUACAGGGGAUAGUGCAAGCACAACUAACAACCAUACUGGUAUGACAGUAACAGCGGACAUGGUAUCUGCAGUAUUAAACUUCUUCUCUGAGAUCUCAUCCCUUCCUGCUAUGAAGGACUGGCUGGGUGGUGCUGAUGGUAACAUAUUCUGGCCGGUACUUCUCACUAUGUUGUGCAAUACACCUUUACACAGUCCAAUAUCUGUGACAGCUUUUCCACAGAAGUUUGAGUUAAUAUCAGCGGAAGAGAGAGCGUGUAUAGAGACAGCUUCUGUGAAGUUUUUCCGCAGUGUGAUAUCUUGUCAUGUACCCAAUCAGAUGUUGUUUGCUAAAGUUCUUUAUGAUGUCAUCAAAGAACAGGGUUCAACUAAUAAAGCUGCCGGUUUAGGUAUCUGCCCUUUGUCUGGGUUUACAAGACGACUUUUCCUUCAAGUUCUGCUGGAAGAUGAGAACAUUCUAGUUGCAUUCCGGGCUGCACCCAAACAGUAUCACAUGCAUGUGCCCACGUCUCAGGGUUGUUUGCAGCACCCACAGUUUGGGGCUGGAAGAAGGUUUAGGACGAUGCUAGUCAAUAUGCAUGUAACUGUUGGCGAACUCAUCAACAAAGUUUCAGAUACUCCAAGUCUAGCAGCCCAGUUACUAGAUGUACAGAAUGGUAAGAAAUCAGAUGAGUCAAAAGAGAGCACAUGUCAGAUAGGACUUGAACUUGUUGAUGUCAUAGAAAAUAUCUCCGCUGGCAAAUCAGAUACAAGUACUGCAGAUAAAUCUAGCACAGGUCAACCAGCAAAGAGUCACCUUUGGUCAAAUAGCACAACAACAACAACCAGUUCAAAGGGGUCACUGCCGCCUCGACCCCCGACCAGAAGGGGUAGAAGCAACGAUUCUUUAUCAAAACAGCUUUCCAUUCCAGUGCUUUCACUUUAUCAUAAACUGAUAACAAAUAAAUCCUUACCAUCUGAUGUGACCCUGUCACAGUUAAUGCAAGUUUUACAAGGUCAAGGUCUCACUCAAGGUCAAGAUGUCCUUGACUUUACACUCCAGCUUCAGAAUGGACCUAUUACAAACAGAAUAGAUCUGACAGAUGACGCAGAUGAGAUACCAGAUGAGGUUCUGUUGACAUCAACGCCAUUCCCUACCCCACUACAAGUAUUUGCCAGUGGUAAUGGACUGGCUUUACUUGCAGAACAUCUCCCCCUCUUGUACCCAGAGAUCUCUCGUCAGAUGACAUCAUCGGAGCCAGGAGAAAUGACACCUAAUGUAACUGUUGGCAAUGAUCCUAACCAGGAUUGGGUUACUGUUGACUCUUACCCGGAAGACUUUUAUAUGUUGUAUGAGCCAGUAUCCCCUGUCCCUCAGAGUAGUCGAGGUCAUCAUAUAGGAAAUCCAACCAUCCCUCCUCAUUCCCUGGUGGCGUUUGGCCUCUUCCUGAGGUUGCCAGGAUAUGCUGAGGUGCUGCUGAAAGAGCGGAAGAAAGCUCAGUGUUUGCUCAGAUUGAUGCUGGGAGUCACAGAUGAUGGAGGUGGAGGUCAGAUACUAACAUCGCCUAUCGCCAGCUCUUUGCCCACAUUACCAUUCAUUGUUCUGAAAUCCUUAUUUGACACAACACCCCUGACAACAGACGAUGGUGUUCUGUUGCGGAGGAUGUGCCUGGAGAAUGGAGCCCUACAUCUCAUACUAGCCUGCCUCUCUGUCCUUAGUCACCACUCACCCAGAGUUACAGUUUCUGGAUUCCAACAAGAGGCCUAUUCCAUACUGAGUGCUAUGCAGACACCUACUCCUACCCCGAGCCAGGUACCAGGACCUUCAGAGGAGAAAUCCCAGCAGUACUGGGCAAAGGGUACCGGCUUUGGUACAGGAUCUACAACAUCAAGCUGGGAUGCUGAGCAAGCUCUGAUCAGACAGAAAAGUGAAGAGGAACAUGUGACAUGUCUCCUACAGGUACUGGCAAGUUAUAUUAACCCAGGAGGGGGUGUCCCUGAUAAUUUUGAAGCAGAUGAUUACGAGCCAGCAACGGAGAGGAUGCUGUUACCUGAUGUUGUACCAGAUAUGUUAACUCAGUCUUGUCUUGUACCAGCACUGUCCUCUUACCUCAGGAAUGAUUCAGUUCUGGACAUGGCCAGACAUGUACCACUGUAUAGAGCACUCCUGCAGUUGUUACGAGGUAUCUCAGUGUGUCCUUCACUCGUUCUUCUACUGUUACCUCUUGACAAAGAGAAUGGUAGUGAAGUUGCCACAGCUGUUGGUGAACUACUGGAAAAGAUGAGAGCUUGUGUUGAUACAUAUGCCAGCAGACUCAAAUCAAACAAAGGCAAGAUAGGAGGAACAAAGGAAGAAGAGGAGGAGAAUGAGGGACUUGCCAUGUUGAUACCUGAUAUACAGGAAACGGCGAGAGUUGUUCAUAUAGCUACCAGUAGGCUUAAACAGCAUGAAGGUGUAGGUCAGGAAAAUUCAGAGAAGGACCAGGAGUUGAUGAAGGACACGUCACAGGAUAGUAUAGACCAGAUCUACCUCUCAGAGAUGCAAAAACUGCAGUUUGAUCAGUAUGAAAUGGUAAGUGAGGAAGGGACGACCAUAAAGUUUACAGUUCGCCAUCACUAUGAGAAUAGUGUAAAAGCAGCAGGAGAAAUCAACAACCCAACCAGGAUACGUAGACUGGCUCAGGAAGCUGUAACUUUGUCAACAUCCCUCCCACUCUCUGUUAGCAGUAGUGUUUUUGUUCGUUGUGAUGAGGAAAGGCUAGAUAUUAUGAAGGUAUUGAUAACUGGACCAGAAGAUACGCCCUAUGCCAAUGGAUGUUUUGAAUUUGAUGUUUAUUUUCCUCAAGAUUACCCCAAUGCUCCACCAUACAUUAACCUUGAAACAACAGGCAACCAUACUGUCAGAUUUAAUCCAAAUCUGUAUAAUGAUGGAAAGGUGUGCUUAAGUGUGUUGAAUACCUGGCAUGGAAGACCAGAGGAAAAGUGGAGCUCACAAACUUCUAGUUUUUUGCAGGUGUUAGUUUCCAUCCAGUCUCUUAUCUUGGUAUGUGAGCCGUACUUCAAUGAGCCAGGCUAUGAGAGGUCACGAGGUACACCUUCAGGUAACGCAAGCUCAAGAGAAUAUGAUGCAAACAUUAGACAAGCUACUGUGAAAUGGGCAAUACUAGAACAGAUAAAAUGUCCGCCACCUUGCUUCAAGGAUGUUGUCCUCAAACAUUUCUGGUUGAAACGUCACAAGAUUCUCCAUCAGUGUGAGGAGUGGAUCGCAGAAAUGGAAGUGUACUGUAAUGACAAGAGGACUGGAAGAACAAUAUCUCAUAGUACUAUGGCACUCAAGAAACAUUACAACCAGUUGCGAGAAGAAUUUUCCAAAAUGAAGCCACCAGAAGGUCUUGAGGAUGUUGAGAAGGGAGAUAUAGACCCUAAAGGCAAGCAGUACAGUACGGACCAGGCUGGGGCCUCGGGCAGCAAGGACACAACUCAGAUUGUACCAACAGAUAACAAUGCCAACUCCAUGCUGGCUGAAAAUUUAAGCUCAUUUGUUUCAGACUCUGAUAUUAAUGGAAUAGCAUCAACUGCAAAUUGCUGACAUAAAGCAAUGUUAUCUGUGAUUGUUGACUGAUAACUGUGAUGUCAAGAUAUUUGACUGGUUGUCAAACAUACGUAAUACUGUGAUGUUACAAUAUUGGAAUGUUUGCUAAAUUGUAGACUGUUACUAAAAUGCAACAACAUCUGACUGACUGCCAGUUUAACCAUUUCUUGUCCUGUAGAUUUUCUUCCCUAAUAUUAAAUCAUGUCAAACCUUCAGAAGUCAGAUAACUUCAUUAUUAAUCCCCCGCCGCGAGUGGUGGGGUUUAUAGGAAUGGUCUCCAUCUGUCCUUCCUUCUGUCUUUCCGUCUGUCCAUCCGUAACACUUUGGUGUCCGGUCCAUAUCUCCUAAACCCCUUGAAGGAUUUUCAUGAAACUUGGGUCAAAUGAUCACCUCAUCAAGACGAUGUGCAGAACUCAUGAGUCAGCCAUGUCGGCUCAAGGUCAAAGGUUUUAGCCUUCCAUUUCGUGUCCACUCUGUAUCUCCUAAACCCCUUGAAGGAAUUUUAUAAAACUUUGGUCAAAUGAUCACCUCAUCGAGAGGAUGUGCAGAACUCAUGAGUCAGCCAUGCCGGCUCAAGGUCAAGGUCACGGCUUAGGGUUAAAGGUUUGAGCCUUCCAUUUUUUGUCCGCUCUGUAUCUCCUAAAUCCUUUGAAGAACUUUCAUGAAACUUGGGUCAAGUGAUCACCUUAUCAAGACGAUAUGCAGAACUCAUGAGUCAGCCAUGUUGGCUCAAGGUCAAGGUCACAACUCUGGGUCAAAGGUUUGAGCCUUCCAUUUUGUGUCUGCUCUGUAUCUCCUAAACCCUUUGAAGAAUUUUCAUGAAACUUGGGUCAAAUGAUCACCUUAUCAAGACGAUGUGCAGAACUCAUGAGUUAGCCAUACCGGCUCAAGGUCAAGGUCACAAAGGUUUGAGCCUUCCAUUUUGUGUCCACUCUGUAUCUCCUAAACCCCUUGAAGGAUUUUCAGUAAGCUUAGGUCAAAUGAUUACCACAUCAAGAACUCAUGAUUCAGCUAUGUCAACUCAAGGUCAAGGUCACAACUCAAGGUCAAAGGUUUGAGCUCUGUAUCUCCUAAACCCCUUGAAGGAUUUUCAUGAAACUUGGGUCAAAUGAUCACCUCAUCAAGAUGAUGUGCAGAAUUCAUGAGUCAGUCAUGUCAGUUCAAGGUCAAGGUCAAGGUCACAGCUCAAGGUCAAAGGUUUACCCUUUCACUAUCCAUAACAGUGGCGGAGGAUUUAGCUGUCCUUCAGACUGCCUUGUUUAAAUGCAUUCAUGUUAUGUAAUUCUCUUCUCUUCUUUGCUUCGUACUGUGUCUUGCAUGAAGAGUUUCAAUUUAGAAUUAAUUCGUUGAAUCAUAUAUACCAGCUGAUUUUGUUCAUCUUAGUAUUUUGUCAUGAUAGUUAACAAGACUUAAUAGCCACCAGUAAACCUAUAUCUGUAUCUUUAAUUUAAAAUUAUGGUCUUUAGAUUUUUUAAAGUUAAAGUUAAAAGAUGUUGCCUAAUUAAAGCUGUUGUAUCAGAAAUAAACUUUGUGCAAAGAUGAGAACCCUAUAAAGCUGCUGUGUAUACAGGGGAGAAUUCUUGAAAACUUAAUUGUUGACUUCACACUUCCUUACUAACUAGUAAGACAAGUUUUACUUGAAUCCAGCAGAUGAAACUGGUUCAAGUUGUCUAGCUCAAUGCCUGAUGACAUUCAUGGCCCCCCCCCCCCCCCCCCCUCCCCCCUCCCCACAUUCAGUUUCCUUAGUAACUAGGAAGACAAUGAAAGAACAAUACUGUAUUUAUGAAAUGGUAUAUGUUGUAACAGUAGCUAAUUAAAUGCUUACAAUUAGAUCAUUGUUUGAUUCUAAUUAAUAUCAUAUGGAAGGUCUGUUCUCGUAUAAUAAUUGUUUAAUGUAUUUUUUAACCUCCCCUUACAUUUGCCGAUAUGUAUGUAUAAAUAUUUGGAUGGCAAGUUUACAUGAAUAAGGGCUAUUUAUUGUCUUUCAAGUUUACAGAUAAUAGUGCAUAUGGUUAUUGUGUAUGUGUUGUUUUGAACAUAUAUCAAACAUACAAACAUUUUCAUACAAAACUUGUAUUCAGUGUGAAUAUUACAUGAUGUCUGGCAUGUUUGUUUUUCAGUCUCGUUAUUUAUUUCAUAAAAAGUCUAUUCCAUGUUUGGCAUUGAGCCAUAAGUUUAUAGUUUGAUUGGCAUUUAACUUUGGUGUUUCCAUAUAGGGGCAGGUACUACAAUAUAUAACAGGAUUUUGACGUUUGUACUGCAAUUCCUGUUGAACUACAUCAGAAAAUUCAUAACACUAGCAAGUGAACUCCUGUUACAAUUUCCUGAACAAAAUGUGCAGGACAAGAACAUUUUUUGGUAAAAUAGUGCUUAAAGUACACAAAAGAUUUUCCGCACUGAUAAUUUCACUGUCUCAUUUGGUCCUGUAUUUGCAGGAAAUAAGUUGCUGCCAAACUUAAAUAUUAUAUAUUUACAUAUUGUAUAUGAAGCAAGUACAUUUUCAGUACAGGUAUCAUAAAAAAUUCUUUGCUUUAAUAUUAGCAGUUUGAUGGCCUAUAUAAAUUUUGUCAUGGUGUGAUUUCUUUUCAUAGGAGUGGUAAAAUGUUUAUAAAAUUAAAAAAAAAAUAGCUUAUAGAUGGUUUUAAUAAAAAAUUGUACUGUUAAAAGAAAAUCUGAAUAUUGUAUAUUUUGUCAUAUUGCAUUAUAGUAACUGUUGUUCCAUUUUGAAAAACCCUAUCCUUGUAAUCAUUCAUAAUAAUGAACUGAGAAAUUAAAGGGACUUAUUCAUACAUUUUAGAUGAUUUUUUUUUUUCAAAAAUCAAUAAAAUGUGAGUACUGUGAAAAUGACCAUUGGUACAAACUUACUGACAUUAUAUUUUUGCAAGCUAUCCUAAUAAAUAACUAAAACUAUUGUGCAGAAGGGAGUAAACCAUUGCAUCACUUUUGUUGAAAAAUUUCACCCAAACUGUCGGCAAGUGGCUUUAAGGAGGUAGGUUACCUUGUUACCAGGGUAAAGUCAGAUUAGUUGAACCGCAGAAAUGUUUUGUAUUUCAUGUAAUUUAAUGUUUUAACUGCUACAAUCUCUAUUUUGUUUAUCUACGUCCCUUCAAGAACAAUUUUUAUCCAGGUUUGAAGAACAUGAUCCUCCAAAGGUAUUUUGUAUUGAAAGAAGAAGGAAAAUAUGUAUAUUUAACACUUUUCAGUGUAUUUUGGUUUCAUUGUUAUCUGUAGAAGUCUGCAUAAUUGAUAAUUUUACUAGUAUGCGCAUUAGUUUUCUAAUAUAAGUUUAAAAUGUAUAUGUCGCGGGGCUCGUGUUUCCAUGGUAACGCAUUUUCUCUCAUUUUUAAACAACUAUGUAUGAAAACGGGAUUUUCAACGGCUCCGGUGCCAUUCUGUUAAUGAGCAACAUGGAAUAUUUGGGUAAUAUUAUUAGCAAAUUAUCAAGCACUUUACAUGGUACUCUAUUUUUCUUAAAGUUUAAAGUAAUUAUGGCAACAGAGAUGUUUAAAAUGGCUUAUAUCUUGCUUUUUAUCGUAGUUUCUUAUAAAAAAAAACAUUAAAUAAAAUUAUCUUUCUUCUGAAUUUAGCUUUAAAACAUCUUAUUUCUAAUGUAAGUAAUAUUUUCGUGUUAUUUGCAUUUAUCUAAACAAAUUUCACAGCUUAAAAUACAGCAGGACCCCUCGUUGGACAUUUUUAUGGAAAAAUCGUUCUGCAUGCUGCUAUCAUUCUCAUGGAUAUUGUUGAAAUGAAAAUAAAAAACUGAAGCUAUGUUCCUUACAUAGACCAGUGUCAACGCUUUUGAAUUUUACAUUUAUAUAUAUAGGUCACGGGCUUCGUUUCCAUGGUAACAUCAAUUUAAUUCAAGAUACCACAAUUUUCUACUGAAAUUUGAACAAUUUUAGAGCUUAGUUUUAGUAUAUAAGUAACAAAUUAUCAACAGAAACUGAUAACUAGGUAUUACAAAUCAAACUGCCCAAUUUUUAUUUGAAAAUAGCGGUAAUAAGUAACCUUUCACCCAACUAUAUUCCCAGUAACGUUGGUAAGCAUCAUCCAUUUUCUUACAUUCCACAUAACAUUUCGAUAUAACUACAUAAAAGAAGCAAAAUAUUGAUUAUUAUUCUGAGCAAAAGACUCGUAAAAAUAUUUCAGCAAAUAAUGGCUGUUUAAUAAUGGCUGUUUAAAAAUAGUUCAAAAAGAGAAAAUGCACAGAAUUACGUACUUUCAAAAUAAAAGCCAUUAAUUUUUCGUGGUAACUGACGUGUAACAUCAUGACGUCAAUGAUGUCAUUUUAAGGCAACAAUGUUUUGAAGCGUUUCUGCGGCAAUUUAAUAAAAUUCAUUAUAUCUGCAUUAUUAAACCAUUAAGCAUCAGAUCGGAGGCAGGUUCAUGAUUUCUUUUCAGAAUAAUGAAUAUACAAAUGCAUUUAGUUUGUCAUAAACGUCGUCGUAAAUCGUCACGUUAGCUUCAAGUGGACAUGCGCACAUACAAAUAUUAAGGUAACCUACCUCCUAAACAACAAUUUCUUCAAGUUAGUAGACAUAAGAAUUUAAGUAUAAGAGGCUUGUUUUAUAUGAGUGUUUAAAUUUUUUUUUUCACAGGGUGAAAGAUUUUUACUUUAAUCUUGUAUGCUUUAAAGACUUGCUUGACACUGCUUAUUAAUUUUCUGUUUUGAAAGGGAUAGCAAUAUUAUCGAAGUGAGGAUUUUGCUUCAGCAUCUGAGUAAGACCAGCACUUCUUUUUAAAGUUAUAAGUUACUGUAUAAAGUUAGUAAGAUUUAGUUAAAGUUGUCAAGAGAUCAAACAUAACAGAAGCAUUUUAAACCAGUCAGAUUUACUAAUGGGAGGUUAUUUGAAACACCAGAUUUAAAAAAAACAAAACUUUAUAAUUUACUAGACUAAUAUUGAAAUCUGUUGUAAGAUUCUGAACCAACAAUUCCUCACCAGAAAAGAUACAGCAAAGUAGGUAAAAACUGUUUGUAGUCUCAUUUUGUGCAGAAUAUUUUAAUAAAGGCAUUACCAGCCUUUAAUUAAUUAAUUGAUUUUAACCUGUAUAUAUUUUGUUAGGUAGUAAAAUACAUAUAUUUUGAUGUUUAAAUUAUGUAUCAGAGCAUGACUCUUUUUAUUAUUAUUGUAUUAUAAUUUGAUCUUAUUUUGUUAACAGAUAGUUGAUUGUAUAUAUAAAUAUAUGUUGUUUUCUUUGCUUAUGUUUCACUAUUGUUUAGCUGUAUUUGUUAUGAACAGAUCUCUUACCGAGACUGUAGCUGUAAUAUAGUUAAAUGACUGAUAAAAUAAACACAUGGAACAAUGAA